AUGAGUCUCGCGAAAGACUUGCAUGAAGAGAAGGAUGUAGACAAGGACGCGGAAGCCAUAACACCCGACGAAGCGACGGACUCGAAUGAAAUCCGGUCAACGACUGAACAGCACGAUGCCGCCGUCGUCGACCAGGAGAAACAACCCCAGUCUCAGCAAAAUGCAGGUCCGCCACCACCACCGAAUGGCGGAUAUGGAUGGGUCUGCACAGCGUGUUGCGCGACUAUCAACGCCCACACUUGGGGUCUAAACUCUUCGUACGGAGUCUUUCUCGCCCACUACCUGCAAACCAACACCUUCGCCGGAGCGACGUCCCUCGACUUUGCGUUCAUCGGUGGGCUUUCCAUUUCGUGCGCGAUGCUCAUCGCGCCGGUGGCGACGCUUUCGACGAGGUAUUUUGGGACGAAAGUGACGCUGUUCACGGGCGUGUUCUUCGAGACGCUGAGUCUGAUUGCCGCGUCCUUUGCGAAGAAGAUCUGGGAGUUGUAUCUUUCUCAGGGCGUGUGCUUUGGGCUUGGGAUGGGCUUUCUUUUCGUGGGAUCGGUGGGGAUACCGGCGCAGUGGUUCACGACGAAACGCUCACUCGCAAACGGCUUCUCUGCCGCAGGCUCGGGAAUCGGAGGUCUGAUCUAUUCUCUCGGCGCCGGAGCAAUGUUGAAGUCGAUCGGUCUUGCCUGGACCUUCCGCGCAUUGGGCAUCAUCGCUUUCGGCGUCAAUACUAUCUGCACUCUCCUCCUGAAGGACCGCAACAAGAUCAUCGGCAGCUCACAGAACGCCUUUGACAUUCGACUUUUCGUCCGGGCUGAAUAUCUCCUCCUAUGCGGGUAUGGAUUCUUCAGCAUGCUCGGCUACGUCGUCCUCAUCUUCUCGCUCGCCAACUACGCGAACGCCAUCGGCUUGGGCGCCUCGCAAGCUUCGAUCGUAUCAGCAAUCUUCAACCUGGGCCAAGGCCUGGGAAGACCGCCAGUGGGCUACUUCUCCGACAACGUAGGCAGGAUCAACAUGGCCGGCGCGAUGACAUUCCUCUGCGCCGUCUUCACGUUCGCCAUUUGGAUCCCAGCAAAGAGCUUCGGAGUCCUCAUAUUCUUCUCGAUCGUGGGAGGUGCUGUUGCUGGAACGUUUUGGGCUACGAUUGCGCCGCUCUCUGCUGAGGUGUGCGGCUUGAAACACGUCCCGUCAGCGCUCAAUCUGAUGUGGCUAUUCAUUUCGAUGCCGACGCUCUUCAGUGAGCCGAUUGCAUUGGAGAUUGUUGCUGGGACUGGGGAGUACAUUGGCACGCAGCUGUUCGUCGGGUUCAUGUACAUUGCAGGUGCCUUGUGUAUCUUGUUUCUGAGAGGUUGGAAGAUCGGCCAGGUUGAGGAGAUUGCCAGUGCGAAGGGAGAAGCUGCAGAUGAGAUCAAUGUGCUUGCAGCGGAGAAUGACGUGGAUCUUGCUGAGCGGGCCAGAGUCGCUGGGCGAAGAAGGAUAUUGACGGAUUUCUGGAAGUGGUGUAAAGUGUAG